AACGGCCAUUGGCGUGCACCAACCAUUGCAAUCACGUGACGAAUCACGCGAUAGGCCCAUACACCAGUUUCGUAAAAAAAGACAUGAAAAGGUUUUCUUUUAAUGAUAUGGCGGUAAACAAUUGAACAUUACCAGCUAUCAGCAGCAAUGAGUGAACUUGAAGAAGUCUUCACUGAAGAGUUGGGGUUCAAACUCGCUACUCCCAAGGAUGGGAUUUCGCUUUUCGAAAAUCCCAUUGAUUUGAAUGGCAUUUCGAAUCAAAAGUUAUCGUUACUUUCGUUUUCGAACCUUCGAGGUGUAUUUGCUGCUUCUGACUCUAAAUCUUUGAUCAUUGAUCGGAUUGAUAAACUCAACGAGGAAGAGCCAGCGCUGUUCAAUACCUUACUGGACUUAUCCCAGGUUUCACAACUUCAAUUUGACCUGACUGGUGAGUACCUUUAUAUUUUAAUGAAUGAUAAAUUGCAUCAGGUCAAAGUUGACGAUUUCUUCUCAGAAGCUAAAAUUUCAUUAUUUGAUGAUAUUACAUCGAACGUAUCCCACUUCCAAUGUUCAUUGAACAAACCCUUGAUUUAUUAUUUGGAUAAUGAAAGUAAUCUUAUCUCACUUAAUCAAAAUGAUAACUCAUCUAAUAAGAUCGCUUCAAACGUUUCUACAUUUUCCUUUUCAUUAGAUGGAUCUUCGGUGCUUUAUUCUCAAGGCAAUUCAGUUCACUUAUCGUCAGAUGACUCUUUCAAAAUCUCUCCUGAUGAUUUGGUUGAUGAUGAUUCAAUUAUUUCUUCCAUUCAACAAAUUGACAAUCGCAAUUGGUUAGUGGUGUAUGAUAUUAGUGAAGAUAAAAAUGAUUUAGAAAAUCAUUCGGUUGACAGUUUUGUUUUUGAAAAGCAAAAUGGCGAUUUUAUUCCUCAUCAGACUUUUAUUGCUGAUCCAAUGGGUAUAGUUCCUCGUAAAUUAUCCUAUUAUAAUCAACCUUUGAUUAAUUGGAUUCCUCAAAAUAAUUUAUUCUUUGUAACCUCUUCCAUGGCCACGGAAUUAAGUUGUUUAUCUUCUUCUGAUAAUUCAAUCACUUCAAUUGUUCAAGAAGUUGACUCCGCAAAAUCAACCUUCCCAAUCAAUGAUGAUGGUGAUGAUGCCUCUGUCGUUGGUUUCGCAAUUGACUACAUAUCUAAUAAAAAAAAUAUCGUGAAAAACCCUUGCUUGGGAGUGGACGAGUGCCAAAAUAGUCUCCCAAAAGCUAUGGUGUUAACUAAUGAGGGUAAUUUAGUCGGUUGGUGGAUAUUUGAUUCUAAAUCAAUUAAAGAGAAAUCCCUUGAUUUGAAUAAGGUCUCUCAAUCUUUGCCAGCUUCCAAUAAUGAUAAUGAAUCUUCGUCAGCUUCCAAUAAUGAUAAUGAAUCUUCGCCAGCUUCCAAGAAUAAUGAUACAGAAUCUGAUGACAAAAAAAAUCCCUUCAGUUUAAAUGAUAAUCCUUUCAUCUCUAGUAAACCUAGCCCAUUUGCAUCUUUCGGAAAGCAGCCCGAUAUAUUUGGUCAGUCGUCAACUACGUCGGCCGAUCAUGGUUCUAAUUUGUUUGGCUCAAAAUCUCUGCUGUCAGACUCAACCACCUCGGGACCUACUAAUUUUUCAUCAAAACCUAAUCAACUGUCUUCAAGCGGAUUUGGAACUUCGGGUUUUGGUUUGGGUAAAACUGCAGGUGGCCAUUUUGGUUCUUCUUUGAAUAAUUCAAAAAAUAGCUUACCUGGGGGAUCUAGCUCAUCGUUUGCGAAAUUCGCCAACAGUUCUCCUCUCAGUAACUUACCUAAGAAAGAAUCUCCUUUCGAUAAGCCCGGUACUGAUUCACCAUUUGCUAAGCUCAGUGCUAAUAAGGAAUCUCCCUUCGGUCAACCCAGUACUGAUUCACCAUUUUCUAAGCUAAACGAUAAAAAGGAAGCUGUCUUCGAUCAACCUAGUACAGACUCCCCAUUUGCCAAGUUUAACGAAAAGAAAGAAAAUUCAUUUGGACAACCCAGUACAGACUCCCCAUUUUCCAAGUUUAACGAAAACAAGGAAAAUCCAUUUGGAAAACCUAGCACUGACUCCUCAUUUGCCAAGUUUAAAGAAAAGAAGGAAGAUCCAUUUGGGAGACCCAGUACUGACUCCCCAUUUGCUAAGUUUAACGAUAAGAAUGUUGGAGCUAAUGCUCAGAGUUCCAUUUUUGAUCAACCAAAAACUAACAAAGGUAAUUCGAUUUUCCCAGAUCUUGAAGAUGACUUGAAUGAACCCAGUACUCAACUGGGGUUCAUGGGUGAUUUCGUUAAGUCAUUUAAUGACUCAUUGAAUAAAUCUACGGAAGAAACCAAAUAUACAGUUGAAGAACCUGACUCUGAAGAAGCAUACGAUGAAUCAACCAGUGAAUAUUCUGAUUCGGAAUUAGAUACAAAACUAAUCGAAUUAAAACAAAAUACAUCGAAUCUGGCGUCACCAUCGGCGACAUCUGAGCCUCGUGAAGCAUCUGCAACUUCCAACUUGAAAAAUGAUCUGGUAAAUCAAAAACCUAGUUCAACUGUCCCUAUAGAGUCUUCUGCUUCAUGGCUUGAAUCCCGUAGUGUUCUUGGAGAUUCAGUUUCAGAGGAUUUCAAUGAAUACGAUAGUAAAGCUUUACAAAAUAAAGAGCCUCGCUUUGAGCCAACAGAUGAUUUAAAUGACUAUGAAAGUAAAGAUGUAUUCAAUAGCGGGUCUCCCUUCGAGUCUACUAAGGAUUCUACUCCAAGUGAGAAGGAAGCUGAUUUGUACGACGAAUUUGAUGAUUAUCGCUAUGUUAUGCAAGAUGAAAUUGAUGAAGAGAAUAACUACUUGGAAAGACUAUCCAAAGAUUCCAUACCCGAAUUGCCAUAUCUCUACUACUUCGAUGGUUACACUGUUCCUGAUGCCAACCGCCCGACGACAGCUCCAGAAAUAAUGUCAAGGUUAGUUCGUGAUACCGAUGCUUACAUUGAAGUACUCGAUAUGAAUUUAGAGGCCGUAAUUAGCUUUAUUGAUUUUCAUCUCGAUCCAGCCUCAGAUUACUCCAAAGAACUUCUUGGAUUCCCAAGGCUCUGGAGGUUACAAGCAGCACAGUUCCUCGCGGACGCCGUGGAUGAAUCCAAGAGUAAGCUUGAUCACAUUAAGCCUUUAAUUACUACUCAGCUCAAUGAUCUUGUCAAAAUACGUAAUGAUAUUGAAGUAAGUCUUGAAUAUAAGUCAAUUAUUGACAAGCUUUUUACCCAAUUGAAACUAUACAAGACCAAAUCGUCGACGGUAAAUCAAAAGCUUCUGAUAAGCCAGGAGAUAUUACAAAAUAAAUUACGUACUAAGUAUCAGAAUGUUGAAGAUCAAAUCAAAGUGGCUACUACUAAGUUAUUUCCAAUGAAAGCCAAGUCCUCGAUAGAUAUAUAUCCGGAGGAGUCUUUUAAAAACUUGGAGAGGGUAAUCUAUGAAUUGAACGAGAAAAUUUUAGGAACAUUACAAAACAUUAAUCAUUUAGAACUGCAAAUAGCGGAUUUAGACUUAGCAGCCUCUUCUGAUCUCAAAGAUAAUGCAUUACCGAAAGUCGCUGAUAUUCCUGGUCCUUCUAAGAUUUCAAAAGACAUUAUGACGAAUAAAGUUUGUUCAAGAAAGUUGAAUUUUAGCUAA